AUGAUUUUUCAAAAUAUUACUUUUUAUAAUAAGCGAUUCUAUUUUAAUUUGAAUAAUAUAACAGAAAAUCAACCAAAUCAAAAUCAAACAAUAUCAGUUCAUUUUGAAAUUCAUCCAUUAAAUAGAGCUCUUGCUUAUUUAAUUAUUUACCAAUUUAAUCAAUACAAUAAUCAAAUUGAUGGUUCGACUUUAUUUUGCCCUUCAAAUCUAUCAAAUGAAAGUCUUUAUACAUAUUAUAUUGACAAUGAACAAACAUCAAAUCAUGAAUUAUUUAUUGUACAAAUUAUUCAAUAA